AUGGCCGAUGCUCUGCUGACCCUGAGAUCUAGGCUCGACCUUUCGGAUCUUCUGUGUACAUUAAAGUACAGUCGCUCUGGACUCCCAGUGUCCUACACGUUGCGUGAGCCAAUCUGUGCCACUCGAGUCGAUUUUGCCUCACCUAGCGAGCUUAGGUCGACCCUAGAAUCCGCCCUUGUGUCUCGUCUAAUCCCGUGGCCGUCACACCCUUCCUCGUUACAGCCCCUUCAUUACUGCCACAUUCCCAGGUCUUACAGCAGGGACCGUUGGACCUUGGGCAUGCAUAACCCCGCACGUGUUUUUGCUGAAGAGGCGGUAUUGUCGUGUCAGCCUGAUGUUGUGGUUCGCUCGGUCUUCCUGUUACGUAUCUGGACAAAACUUCUAUACGGCAGCUGCGCCAAGUACCAUUCUCGCCGAGCUACGCUCCCACCGUUGAAGUGUGAGCUCCAAGCCCAUGUGACAGAGCUGCACAAGGGCAACACUAGCGUCUCAGCUCUUGGAGACCAGAUUAGCGACGCACUCAGCCAAACGUUGGCGUCCAUCAACCUGAACGCAGCUGCAACCACAAAGGCAACUACCGAGGUCCGCAAUACGAUGACCAAGCAUAACGAUGACCUCGUGCGGUCCCGCCAAACCGAAAAGGAUGUAGCAGUCAUAGAGCGAAUUCUAGACAGCCUUUAUUUUCCAACCAUGAACGCACGCCGGAAUAUGAGUUCGCUCGAACACGCUGAGGGGACUUUCGACUGGGUGUUCAACGACGAAUCCGAUCCGGACGAUACGGACAUUCACGGCAGUGGACUUUCCACGAAACAAACCUCGUGGAAAUCUGAUGAUGAGUCUCGCGAAGAUUGGGACGACCAGAACAGUGCAGCCAGCUACACGAGUUGCGCUGCGACAUCCCGUGCACUGGAGCUUUGGCUAAAGAGCACCGAUCAACAACUCUUCUGGAUCAGUAGCAAUGCAGGCACUGGUAAGAGUACACUAGUCCACUACUUGAUCGACCGCGUCGCGCCGCCUCCGAUUCUGGAGAUGUUGAGAAGGGGAGAUGAACAGCCUCUCGUGCUCUCCGUCUAUAUUUGGGCUUCCGGAGAUGGAAUGCAAAGAACGAUGCAAGGAGUGCUGUGUGCUCUCCUUCCCCAGGUGAUGUCUUUCGAUCACACAACCAGCAAAGACACGUCGUGGAUAGAGUCUUCCUGGUCAACCAAGAAGAGCCCAGCGGACUGGAGCGAGCCCGAGCUCCGCCAAACUUUCGCCACUGGGCUGCAACGGCGGUGGCAAUUGCGACCGGCUGCUCAAGCUGAUGUGGUCAUUUCGAGAUUCCCCGACUACUUCCAGUACCCGUUCAGUUCCCAGACAGCUUGGACCCCUGCCCACGAACCCACACAAGGCUGCAUGCAACGACUGCCCUACGCCCAUCGCGAGUUGAAGACACUAGAGUAG